UCGAGAUGAAGAUAGUCUAACUAGUCUACAAACAGGCGUUCCUCAGCGCGCUCUUGCAGGCCGAUAGUGGCACGGGUUCGCGAUUGGGCGGCAGCGUGCUGCGACGACGGGAGGUAGUGUGCCGCCAGCACGGUGAACUGCCGCUCGUUGUUGCGGUACUCUAUUGAUCCCUAGAUUUCACAACGAACAUGGCGGAGGCGGCUGCCGAUUCCUCCAACUCGGCCGUCGAUGGCGGCGGCAGUAACGUCCAAAACGACUAUCCCACCAUUGACCCCACCUCGUUCGACGUGGUGCUCUGCGGCACGGGCCUCCCGGAAUCUGUCCUCGCCGCCGCCUGCGCCGCCGUUGGGAAGACGGUCCUCCACGUUGAUCCCAGCCCGUUCUACGGCUCCCUCUACUCUUCCAUCCCCCUCUCCUCCCUCACCUCCUUCCUAUCCCCUGAGGCCUCCCCUCCCACCUCGUCCGCGGCGGCCGCCGCCUCUGAUUCGCGCACCGUCGUCGAUCUCCACCGACGGAGCGUGUACUCCGAUGUUGAGACUUCGGGGACGGUGCCAGAGCCGGCUAGGCGGUUCACCGUUGACAUGGUGGGACCUCGUGUGCUGUACUGCGCCGAUGAGGCAGUGGACCUCCUCCUGCGGUCAGGGGGCAGCCACCAUGUGGAGUUCAAGAGCGUGGAGGGGGGCAGUCUCCUCUACUGGGAGGGCUGCCUCUACCCGGUGCCAGACUCGAGGCAGGCCAUCUUCAAGGACACCACACUCAAGCUCAAGGAGAAGAACAUCCUCUUCAGGUUCUUCAAGCUUGUGCAGGCACACAUUGCUGCAGCAUCAGCUUCAUCUGAUGAGACGGGACAGGGGGAUGCAUCUACCAAGAUACCCGAGGAGGACCUAGAUCUCCCCUUUGUUGAGUUCCUCAAGAAACAAGGGCUUCCUCCCAAGAUGAGAGCGGUUGUGCUGUAUGCAAUUGCCAUGGUGGAUUAUGAUCAAGAUGGUGCUGACCCUUGUGACAAACUGACUACAACAAGGGAGGGAAUUCAGACCAUUGCUUUGUACUCCUCGUCCAUUGGAAGGUUUGCUAAUGCAGAAGGCGCUUUCAUUUAUCCUAUGUAUGGGCAUGCUGAGCUGCCUCAAGCUUUUUGUCGCUGUGCUGCGGUUAAGGGUGCCCUAUAUGUGUUGCGGAUGCCAGUGGUUGCACUUCUUAUGGAUGAGGAAAAGAAGCAUUUCUUAGGUGCCAGAUUGGCAUCUGGUCAGGAUAUUUUGUGCCAGCAAUUGAUAAUUGACGCGUCUUAUAAGAUUCCUACCUUGGAUGUCCCAUUUGAUGGUUCAGAUUCUUGGAAAGUUGUGAGGGGGGUAUGCAUAAUUAGCAAGUCCGUGAAACAGGGAUCAUCAAAUGUUCUGGUUAUUUUCCCUCCAAAAUCGCUAGAAGAACAGCAGGUUGCAGCGGUUCGGCUUCUUCAGUUGAGCAGCAAUCUCGCAGUAUGCCCUCCUGGGAUGUUUAUAUCAUAUCUGUCUACUCCCUGUACCGAUGUCUCAGCCGGAAAGCAAUCCAUAAAAAAAGCAAUAGACACUCUUUUCAGUCCUCAGGCUUCAGAUGGUUCAGAAGGCCAUUUUGAAACCACCAAUGAAAGCACUGAGGAUGUGAAGCCAACACUAAUCUGGAGCUGUUUGUAUGUUCAGGAGAUCACACAGGGAACAUCUGGUUCUUUAUUGUCAUGCCCCAUGCCUGAUGAAUACCUGGACUACAGAAACGUACUGGGAUCAACAAAAAAGUUAUUUGCAAGUAUCUAUCCUGAUGAAGAGUUCUUGCCUAAAAAGUCAGCUCCUGUAUAUGCUGAUGAUGCCUCUGAUUCUGCAGAGUAAAACCAUCUUUCUAAAGGGCUUUAUCAUUUGGUUGAAGAACGCCGUCAUUCGAAGAUGCAGGAAGGCAUCGUUCUCUUUCUCGUGGUGUUCCUUGAAGAUCAGAGGGCAAAUGAGCGUCGCAAGGGGGAGCCUUUGGGUUUGAUGAGCAGAUGUGCUGGAUUUCCAAUGUACAGGUGGCCACUGGCUGGUCAUAUUGCAUUUGUGGGGAACAGUUGGAGGGAGGGAUGUGCACAUGUGGUAUUCACGAAAUGCUAUGUGGACACAUUCUGGCGAUGCUCGCAAAUGACCUUGUAUUGGCUGCCUGGCUGGCAAACCUUGUUGUACACAGGAUCACAGCAAAUACGGGAUACAUGCUGAACGCUCGAUAUGAUUCCCUAGUUAAGACAUUUGAAUGAGACAGGGUAGAAGGGUAUUCAAUUGACUUCUUUCUCUGACUUCAGUCCAGCUCGAUACAUGUGGAUUAAGAUGAAUACUAGAAUACCUAAACAAAGCCUGGAGGUAAUUAAACUGUUGCGUGUAUUUUUGGUAGACUAAAGCGGUGAGAUUUUGGUCUUCACCUUGCAGAAUUGGGUACCCUUGCACGAGCCUAUGUAAUGUGUUUUUUUAUGGAUUAGUCUUUUUUCGCAACAGUUUUUUUAUUUGUUGAUGAUUUAUGAAA